AACCCAGGGCAACGGUGGAUUCACGGAUUGUGGGGCUUCAUUGGUCAACUUGCAGUCGACGUCUUACGUUCGUCAUAGCUUGGAGGAAGCGGGAACCACAUCAGGGCUCGGUUUGACUGGAUUUGUCUCCACGCUGGCUGGUCCGCAAAUUGAAAAAAUCUAAAGCUUCACACAUGGCUUGUGAGAAAGAAAUAUGGCAAAAGAUUGGAGAGGGCUUUGUCCAAGAAUAUUACAACCAGUUUGACAAUACCAACAGGAUGGGAUUGGGUAACCUUUAUUCUGCUGAUGCUUGUUUGACGUGGGAAGGGUCACCUUUUCAAGGGAGAGAAGCCAUUACAGGCAAACUAGCAAACCUGCCUUUCAAGCGUAUUAAGCACAUUAUCACAGAACAAGACUUCCAACCCACAAUAGAUAGUUGUAUACUCAUCAUGGUGUUUGGACAAUUACAGGUAGAUGAUGAUCCACCAAUGGCCUUCCAUCAAGUGUUUAUGCUGAAGUCCCAAAACUGUGCAUGGGCUUGCACAAAUGAUGUGUUCCGGCUGGGGAUACAUAACAUACCAGUCUAGCAGUUUGGUGGCUGAGUCUCUGAAUUCACGCUGGCGUCAUGCUGUCAUCAUUGAAAAUGCAAGGAAUUAUAUGCAAAGUUCCUCCAUGUUUACAGUACAUCUAUAAGCAUGCCGUUUGUAUUAGAGAGAUGUCACAUUACAUUCCUGUCCAUUAAAAGAAUUUAUUAGUCUGAA